AUGUGUCUUUUUUUUUUUUUUUUGUUAUUGUUUCGGGUUACUGGGGGAGCUGGGUCCAAGCUGUCCUGCAUGUGUGUCCCCCCUUGGUUUUGUUUAGGACUACAGGCGCCCUGACUCGCACGCAGACGCGUUGACCAGCCCGUCAGGGGAGAGUAACGGGCUUUCAAGGUAUAAAGUAGCCUGCCAUUGUUUUGUGUUGCCAUGGACAAGGCUUGGCGGGUGGAGUUUCGAAACGUAGGCUGCACGUACUUCCCUCAGAGCAGAGUCGACUGCCACUACACGCUGAGCUCGCAGCACAGCUGGACCAGCAGCGACUGGGUCGGGCUCUUCAAGGUGGGAUGGUCGUCAGUGAAGGACUACCAAACCUUCGUCUGGGCUGUGGCCCCGGCCGAUUAUCAGGAGGGCUCGGAGGUCAACUGCUGCGUGCACUUCCAGGCCUCCUACCUGCCCAGGCCCAGCUCCCAGGAACAUGAGUUUGUAUACGUUGAUGCUAAAGGAGAAGUGUGCUCCCGCAGCUCCAAAUUCACUUUCUGUGCCCCAAAGCCUCUUGAGGACAUGGUGACUCUCGAGGAGUCCCACGGUGAGGACGAAGGCGCAGACAUGCUGCUGGUAAUACCCCGGGCCGAACUGCUGCAGAAUCGGUUGCAGGAGUGUCUGCGGGAGCGGGCUGAGCUGCUGCGCGUGCAGGAGGCGGCAAAAAAGCUCCGGGAGAGAGACGGGGAGGACUACAAGAGAGAGAGGCAGGAAUGGGACCGACAGCGCAGGGCGUUGGAGCGUGAGGUCGGCAGGCUGAAGGAGGAGCUGACGCAGAGUCGUCGGAAGAUUGAGGAGCUGGAGAGGAAGCGGAAGGACGAACAGGCUUUUGGAGAGUGUUUAAGCCAGCAGAAAGCUGCUUUGAUGGAUGCCAAGGCAGCGAAAGAGCAGCUUAUCGGAGAGCUUGAGGAGGACAUCAAAACACUGACGCAAAGGGCUGUGGAAAGAGAAACAGAAUUAGAGAGAAUGAAAGAAAGAGCCAAGAGGGCAGUUGCCUUAAGGAAAGAAGAGGAGAGUGAAAGAAAAGGCUUGCAGAACAAGCUGGAUCAGACUGAAGCAGAGCUCAGAAGUCUGUCCAAGGAGUUCCAGGUUCUCAGGAACUCCCUGGCCCAGAGAGACACCAGCGCCCUGCUGCUGCAGAACACCAUCACCACCCUCACCCAGAAACUCACCACUGCUCACAGGAAGGAGACUGAAAGUGAAGCAUCACUGAAGGAGAUGCGGAGCCUACGGGAGCGGUUUCAGAUGAGCGAACGCACCGUCGAGGGCCUUAAGAGCGACCUAAGCUCCCUGGCAGCCCAAAGGGAUCACGUGCAGGCCGAGCUGCACCAGGUUCGAGUGCAGGCGGCCCAGCUGACCAUUCAGCUUGCGGAUGCCAGCAUGGCCUUGAGAGAAGGACGAGCCAACUGGGCCCAAGAGAGGCAGACUCUGCAGCGCACUGCGGAGUUGGACCAGGAGCGCCUGGAGAAACUGAACACGGAGAUGCAGAAGACGCAAGAGAGGCUGCAGGAGGAGAAGAUGGAGAGGGUGAAGCUGGAGGUUGAGCUCGGUAGAGAAAAAGAUUGCAACCGGGUUCAGCUGAGCGAAGCCCGGAGGGAGCUGCAGGAGCUGAAAGCCAGCCAGAGGGUUGCACAGAAAGAGAAGGAACAGCUACGAGCCGAGAAACAGGAGUUGAUGGAGUACAUCUGUCAGCUGGAGCAGAAGACGGGAACAGUGACCACUGCCAGGUGGGACGUCGCUCCCAUUGCCUCCACAGGGUGUCCUGAGACUCUGUUAUCCGACUCGGAGGACGAGAGCCCGGAGGCUUUGCAGAUCCUCCAUCCGCCGAGAUCUCUGGGGAAGUACAGCCUCUGCGAGCAAGGCCAGCCCGACUCCCUGCUCCUCUCGACCCCCCCUCUCUCCCCGCGGGACGUGGACAGGAGCGCGGUGGUCAUCAACCAGCCCGCCCCGCUCUCCCUGCCGCACCAGGCCAACGCCGACACCCUGCCGCACAGCUCCGAUUCGGAGGAGGAAUCUGAUCCAGUUCAGCGGGGAAGGAGAAACUCCGAAGAGGAAACGGCGCUUCUGUUGCCUGAGUACAAGGACACAUUUCUCAGCGAUCUGGCGGACACCUCGCUAUGGUGACGGGCGGACAUCCAGCCAAGACAACAGCAAAAGCAUUCAGAAAGCAAGAAGGGACUUUGUUUCCAGCUGCGUCGCAACUAACAAGCACAUAAACAGCACAUUAAAAACGCAAGACACAAUGUUAUAUGCAAUUACUCUGUAUCUGCCACCAACCUUGUCCCCCCCACCCCCCCCACCCCGUAGACUGUUGUGUUAUUGGCUCGGGCCGUGCCAGCGGCGGCAGGUCAACGCCGUGUUUAUGGCUCGCAGAAGACCGUUGCUCAGCUCUAAGCUGCAGGAAUUUUUUUUGGGGGGCCUGGCAUUUGAGAGUUCGCAGGCGGGUAGCGGAAUGAUUCCCGUUGAAUCAUUGCAGCGUCGAGAGCUUUACGACGGAUGUAAUGUCGUUUUUAUGGCGAUUGUGAUUAGGAGUCACGACGGGCUCUGUAAUUAUGAUGUUUUGUGUAGACUCGGCUCUGCGGGAAAUCGUGGCAAAGCUCUGCUCCAGCGUUAAAUCCUCCGCCUCUGGUUGGGACACUUUUCAUGGCAGCAUAAAGAAACACCAGAGCGCCGUUGAAAAGGGGGAGGGAAGAAAAAAAAAAUUGCAAUAAUGCAGGCUUAUGACAUCAUAUUUCUCCUCCCUUUAUACAGACUUAAAAUUUGAUAUGCACUUUUUUAUAGAACAAAAAUCAGAGAUGAUUCAUACAGAUGCAGUUAGGGCGACGGGGGCUUUCUUAUGGGCAGUGUUUAGAAUAAGUAAGCCUAUUAACAGCUGCUAAGAUAGAUGCGACAUGCUUUUCCCUACAUGUCAUAGUAAAAUUCACAUGCUUUUCAAGUCAGCCGCAUUUUUUUUUUAUUCAGCAAUGAGCCACAAUUUUGCUUUUAUAAUCAAUAAAGCUGCUUGCUUAUCAUUUAAAGAUCUUGUUCUUAAAGCUUAAUAUGCAGUCAUCCACUUCCAAAUUUGUGCCUAAAUAAUAAACUUAGAGUCGGCAUUUAGGUGUUUCCUUCUGCUCUUAUACUGCCUAAUAAAGAGAACCGCUGCCUCCCUUUUUAAUCAAUGCUGUAUGCAUUUUUAAUGGUUUCCUGUUUUAAAAAUGAACUUGAGUUAUGCUGCAAGUAAACUAUAUUCAGCUUCGGUUUGAAACGCCUCAGUCCGCGCAGCGUAGCAUAAAGCAAAACUUUUCGGGCUUGCCUAAGGAAAUUUGCUACCUUGAUGCUUCAUUUUAUCUGCUGUAUUUGCACCCUCUUUUUACUCUGGCCGAGUUUUUAGAUGAAAUAUUGAUACACGGAGACUCUGUAUGUUUGUUACGCGUUUUUCCUGAUUUAUCCGAAUAUAAAGUUGUGGGGUCGUUGAUCAUAUUUUGUAGCCUACAUUUUGGUGUUUUUACUGUCCUUUUUUUUUUUCAAAGCGUUACACAAAGUUUUGGUGUUGCCGUUUCACUGUUGCUAAAUACUGGUGCUAAUCAAAGGGAAUCAUACACGCUGGUUAUGUUUUGAGUUACGGUGUUUUGGAAAAAUAUUCAUAGCCCUUUAUCUCACCCCCAUUAUAUCAAAUUACAGCCAAUGAUAGAUGAUUUUACUUGUUACAAAUAGCAUCUUUAGGGGUGGGGUUUGCUUAUUUCGUCCUAUACCCCUGAACAAACUAAAAGAGUUACUAAGUGCUUUCAGAAGUCACCUCUGUAUAAAUACCGCUGGCGUGUGAAGGUCCCAGAGGUUUGCUAAACA